AUGAGUGCUGAACGAUCUCUUAACGAAAUAAAUAGCUUCCUUGACCAAAUCGCCUCCCAAAAGCCACGUAAACAAUCCCUAAAAGCGCCAGUGAAACAAGAGUCUGAGGACAGCGACACCGAGUGGGAUCAUUUGAAUGAUUACCGCACUAAUAUGUCAAUCUCAACAUCGUCACAACAAUCUAACACGCCAUCUACUACUCAUUCUCACCCAGGAAGUGAAUUGAGUGGCACGACACCUUAUAAUCCAAACGGUUUCAUGAUGUCAAACAACAGCAUGCAUAGUUGGUUGACGCAUGAUCAAUCUAUGACAUACGUCCAACCGGUUUACGAUAUACCACAGUAUAAAUGCAAGGAUGACGGAGAAGGAUCCACUAUUUGGAGGAAAGAUGAAGGUUUCUUACAAAAAGACUGUAUAUAUCUUUGUGGUAACUCGUUGGGCUUACAGCCUAAACGAACUCGUGAAUUGAUUAGUGAGGAGUUACAUGUCUGGGCUGAUAGAGGUGUGAAUGGUCACUUUGAUCAUCCUCAUAAUCGUCCAUGGGCUUUGAUCGAUGAUCACGUCGUCCAGUCAACCGCAAAGAUUGUUGGUGCCAAGGAAUCUGAAGUUGCUGUCAUGAACAGCUUAACAGCCAACCUACAUUUCCUCAUGGUAUCGUUUUAUCGACCAACAUCAACAAGGCACAAGAUACUCAUGGAACCCAAAUGCUUUCCUUCUGAUCACUUUGCGAUUGAAUCUCAAAUCAAAUUCCAUGGCUACGACCCAUUGCCAUCUAUCAUAACGGUGAAUCUACGAGAUGGAGAAUCGAACAUCAGCACAGACGAUAUUUUACAGGCUAUAGACAAGGAUGGUGAUUCUAUUGCUUUGGUCUUGUUUGGUGGAGUUCAGUAUUAUACAGGUCAAUUGUUUGACAUGCAAGCUAUUACGAGAGCUGGACAUGAAAAGGGAUGUGUCGUCGGAUUUGAUUUAGCACAUGCUGUUGGAAAUGUGCCGUUACAAUUACACGAUUGGAAUGUUGAUUUCGCAGCUUGGUGUACAUACAAGUAUCUGAAUUCAGGAGCUGGUGGCAUAGGCGGUGCGUUUGUACAUGAACGACAUGCAUCAGACUCGACACUACCGAAGUUCCUGGGUUGGUGGGGAACAGAUCCAACCACCAAGUUUGCUAUGUCUCAUGAUUUUAAACCUAUAAAUGGUGCCAAUCAAUACCGUGUCUCGAAUCCAGCAGUGCUGACAACAGUAGCACUUAUGGGCUCCUUGUCAGUGUUUGACAAGACAUCGAUGGCGGAACUACGAGCCAAAUCCCUGUUGCUGACAGGAUAUCUAGAACACUUGUUGGACAAGUUGUCAUCACCGUAUAUCAAGAUUAUAACGCCACGAGAUCCAUUGCAACGUGGAUGUCAGCUGUCUGUGUUGUUACAAGGAAGGAAUAUGGAGGCAGUUCAUCAUGCUCUUUUGCAGCAGGGGAUUGUGUGUGAUGAGAGGAAGCCUGAUGUGAUUAGGAUAUCACCUGCUCCAUUGUAUAAUACGUUUGAGGAUUUCAAUAAUCAACAAAUGGCGACGUGUUUAAGGAAUUCCAGAGUGCCUCGCAAUGCAUUACAGAUUGCACUACGAGCUACCGGAGAAAGCAGUGCAGCUUUGGCAUGCUCUCGAACUCUUCAUUUGAACAAGGUUGGAACAUUUGCCAUACAGAGAGCAAGGAUACAGUACAUUCCUGUCACUUCGCAAGAUGUGCUAUAUCGAGCACAACAAAAGAGAGGUUACGCGUCUGCCUAUCCUCCACACACUGUGGUGAAUAUGCCUGCACUUUCACCUACUAUGACCAUGGGAAACCUUGGUCAAUGGCAAAAGAAGAUUGGAGAUCAGAUAUCUCCUGGUGAUGUACUUGUAGAGAUUGAAACAGACAAGGCUCAAAUGGAUUUUGAAUGUCAAGAUGAAGGUUUCUUGGCAAAGAUUCUGAUUGCUGGUGGUGAAAAGGAUGUUCCUGUCAACAAGGCCAUCGCUGUAUUGGUGGAAAACAAGUCAGAUAUAGAAAAGUUUGCAACAUAUACACCUGAAGCGGGUCCUUCUACCGAACCACCAAAAUCACCUCCGUCGGGUCAACCAGAAUCGUCUUCACCACCACCACCAGCACCAGAAGCACCAUCAUCUCCACCACCAGCUGCCGCAGCUGCUCCUGCUCCAUCAACUGCACCAGCUACUCCUCCUUCAGAUCCAUUCAAAGUCUCUGAUCGUGUGAUGGCUAGUCCGGCUGCCAAAAUUAUUGCUGCUUCACGAGGUAUCUCUCUUGAAAAGGUUAUUGGAACAGGUCCAGGUGGUCGUAUUCUCAAGUCUGAUGUGGAAUCGUAUGUUCCUGCUGUCGCUCCAGCUCCUACACAAGCAGCUACUCCAGCAGCACCAGCUGCUGCUUCAGCACCACCAAAGGCUACUCUACCACCGCCAACACCAGCCCCUGGUGCAAGCUUUGUCGAUAUUCCAUUGACAAAUGUUCGAAAGGUUAUUGCCUCUCGACUACAACAAUCAAAGCAAUUUAUUCCUCAUUAUUAUGAAACCAUGGAAGUCAAAGUGGAUGAAGUCCUCAAAUUGAGGGAAAAACUGAAUGGUGGUGCUGAUGGCAAGUUCAAACUGUCAAUCAAUGACUUUGUUGUCAAGGCAGCUAGUUUGGCCUUGAAGGAUGUACCAGAUGUGAAUAGCUCUUGGCAAGAUACCUACAUCAGACGAUUUGUGUCGUCUGAUAUCGCUGUGGCUGUUGCUACAGACAAUGGUCUCAUUACACCUAUUAUACCUGCUGCUGAAACUAAAGGUCUUUCCACGAUAUCGAAUUCUAUGAAGGAGCUAGCUACUCGUGCAAGAGCCAACAAGCUGGCACCUCAUGAAUAUCAAGGAGGAACAUUCACCAUCUCAAAUCUUGGAAUGUAUGGCAUCCAUGACUUUACAGCCAUCAUCAACCCUCCACAUGCAGCCAUUUUGGCAGUUGGAGCCUCGGACAAGAAAGUUAUUCCUGACGAAACAUCAGAGAAAGGGUUUGCAGUUGUCAAUGUUAUGUAUGUGACUCUAUCCUCAGACCAUCGUGUUGUUGAUGGUGCAGUGAGUGCACAAUGGCUACAAAAGUUUAAGUCGUAUUUGGAAAAGCCUAUGACCAUGCUAUUGUAG